CUCCUUGCCCUAUACACAAAAUCACAGCUUCCCUAUCUUCAUCAACAUUUAACAAUUCCUCAAAAUAUUCCUUCCAUCUUCCCAAUACCUCUACCUCUCCAUUUAAUAACUCUCCUCUCCUAUUUUUAACUGACAAAUCCAUUUGUUCUCUAGGCUUUCUUAACUUGUUAAUCUCACUCCAAAACUUUUUCUUCAUAAGCUUAUAUAUUCUGGUUAUUUAUGUAAAAAUUUUCAAUAUUGUAUUUCUACAGGGUAAAUUUUUCGUGAUAAGUUAUAGGUUUAUUUUAUUUCUUCAGUUUUUUUAAACUUUUUGUACAUGUAUAUACAGUAUUGUAUUUUAAUUGUUUCUAUAUAUACAGUGGACCCCCGGUUAACGAACUUUUUUCAUUCCAGUAGUAUGUUCAGGUGCCAGUACUGACCGAAUUUUUUCCCAUAAGGAAUAUUGUGAAGUAGAUUAGUCCAUUUCAGACCCCCAAACAUACACGUACAAACGCACUUACAUAAAUACACUUACAUAAUUGGUCGCAUUUGGAGGUGAUCGUUAUGCGGGGGUCCACUGUAUACAGUAAAUAUAAGUGAGCAUUAAUGUUAAACGGAGAAUAAUUUGUAUAACAUUAAUAUACUCUCAGUAGUAAAGAAAAAAGUUAUGCAUUAUUUGAUAAAUUGAGGCUGCUGUUUUAAAAGAGUUUAAUAUAUAAAUUAGUUUCUUUCUUUCGUAAUAUACAGAUCUUCAAUAUUUUAUUAACUCAACAGCUGUCUGCUAAGGCAGGGCGACCCAAAAUAAAAAUUACUGUUCAUUUAAGUGCCAUUUUUCAAGAAACAUGUUGACAUCAGUCAGUUUACUCUCCGACUGUAACAUCCUCACCCAUCCUUCAGAGUACAGGUACUGUACUUCCCACCUCCAGGACUGUAACAUCCUCACUCAUCCUUCAGAGUACAGGUACUGUACUUCCCACCUCCAGAACUGUAACAUCCUCACUCAUCCUUCAGAGUACAGGUACUGUACUUCUGACCUCCAGGACUGUAACAUCCUCACUCAUCCUUCAGAGUACAGGUACUGUACUUCUGACCUCCAGGACUGUAACAUCCUCACUCAUCCUUCAGAGUACAGGUACUGUACUUCCCACCUCCAGAACUGUAACAUCCUCACUCAUCCUUCAGAGUACAGGUACUGCACUUCUGACCUCCAGGACUGUAACAUCCUCACUCAUCCUUCAGAGUACAGGUACUGUACUUCUGACCUCCAGGACUGUAACAUCCUCACCCAUCCUUCAGAGUACAGGUACUGUACUUCCCACCUCCAGGACUGUAACAUCCUCACCCAUCCUUCAGAGUACAGGUACUGUACUUCUGACCUCCAGGACUAUAACAUCCUCACUCAUCCUUCAGAGUACAGGUACUGUACUUCUGACCUCCAGGACUGUAACAUCCUCACUCAUCCUUCAGAGUACAGGUACUGUACUUCUGACCUCCAGGAUUGUAACAUCCUCACUCAUCCUUCAGAGUACAGGUACUGUACUUCCCACCUCCAGGACUGUAACAUCCUCACUCAUCCUUCAGAGUACAGGUACUGUACUUCCCACCUCCGGGACUGUAACAUCCUCACUCAUCCUUCAGAGUACAGGUACUGUACUUCCCACCUCCAGGACUGUAACAUCCUUGCUCAUCCUUCAGAGUGCAGGUACUGUACUUCCCACCUCCAGAACUGUAACAUCCUCACUCAUCCUUCAGAGUACAGGUACUGUACUUCCCACCUCCAGAACUGUAACAUCCUCACUCAUCCUUCAGAGUGCAGGUACUGUACUUCCCACCUCCAGGACUGUAACAUCCUCGCUCAUCCUUCAGAGUACAGGUACUGUACUUCCCACCUCCAGUACUGUAACAUCCUCACUCAUCCUUCAGAGUGCAGGUACUGUACUUCCCACCUCCAGGACUGUAACAUCCUCACUCAUCCUUCAGAGUACAGGUACUGUACUUCUGACCUCCAGGACUGUAACAUCCUCACUCAUCCUUCAGAGUACAGGUACUGUACUUCUGACCUCCAGGACUGUAACAUCCUCACCCAUCCUUCGGAGUACAGGUACUGUACUUCUGACCUCCAGGACUAUAACAUCCUCACCCAUCCUUCAGAGUACAGGUACUGUACUUCUGACCUCCAGGACUGUAACAUCCUCACCCAUCCUCCUGAGUACAGGUACUGUACUUCUGACCUCCAGGACUGUAACAUCCUCACCCAUCCUUCAGAGUACAGGUACUGUACUUCUGACCUCCAGGACUGUAACAUCCUCACCCAUCCUUCAGAGUACAGGUACUGUACUUCUGACCUCCAGGACUGUAACAUCCUCACCCAUCCUUCCGAGUACAGAUACUGUACUUCUCACCUCCAGGACUGUAACAUCCUCACUCAUCCUUCAGAGUACAGGUACUGUACUUCUCACCUCCAGGACUGUAACAUCCUCACCCAUCCUUCAGAGUACAGGUACUGUACUUCUGACCUCCAGGACUGCAACAUCCUCACCCAUCCUUCAGAGUACAGGUACUGUACUUCUGACCUCCAGGACUGUAACAUCCUCACCCAUCCUUCAGAGUACAGAUACUGUAUUUCUGACCUCCAGGACUGCAACAUCCUCGCCCAUCCUUCAGAGUACAGGUACUGUACUUCUGACCUCCAGGACUGUAACAUCCUCGCCCAUCCUUCAGAGUACAGGUACUGUACUUCCCACCUCCAGAACUGUAACAUCCCCACCCAUCCUUCAGAGUACAGACACUGCACUUCCCACCUCCAGGACUUCAAUCCCUUGGGGGGCUGGAAUUAUUUCCCCAUAAACCAUGCAUGUUCCAGAAGGCAGCUAAAAGGCUGGGAACCAUUUCCAUGUUCAUUGUCUAAGUCGAAGAAGUCAUUAAUGUGUUGUGACUUAUUUUAGUGGUUACUAAGGUAAAAAUCUAGAUCAAAACAUUAACUGGUAAAGUGCAGCUACAGGAUAAUGUUAAGUGAUAACUACAUUCAUGGCGAGGGGGAGAACAUGGAGGAAUGAGAAGCAGUGAGGUUUGAUCUAACGAAGGGGUCGGUCAGGUUCACUUCCUUGAAUAAAGAGUCGCUUACCAAGGAACCACCCUUCAGGAGCAAGUACGUAAUUCUGAAACACCAAAUUAGCCUAGAGAACACUGCAAUGAUCACAGCUCUGCUGUGGGUAAUUUUAUUUUAUAAAUUUUUAAAAGAUUGUAGUUUGUCAAAAACAUAAUAUAUUUAGAAAAAAUACAAGUAAAAAUAUAUAACUUGUUCCCUCUUAACCAUGUGAAAUGCAUUGUUUUAAGCUUAAUUAAGCUGUGUUACUUAAUAUUGCAUAGAAUGUGAAUGGCAGAUUAUAAUAUACAUUACUAGAAGAGGCAUCAAAUAUUCGUUAACUCUUUUUGCUCACAGGUUUUGAUGUGUUUUCAAUGACUAUACAUGUAUUAGGAAUGUGAUUAACUGUCUUAAGUUGAGGUGAAUUAUGAGGAUAGCCAGUGAUAGUUGUUGGUAGUAUUUCAUCAUGAAUCAAAAAUAUUUACAGUAUACACAUGUAAUUUAUGUUUUAUUUAUAUCAAAGACUAAAAAGGCACGAUACUGUGAAUGGAACAGUGAGCAGAUAACCUGCACAUAGGAGAAAAAACUUUGGAUGACAUUUUGGUCCGACUUGGACCACUAAAUAGUCACACACUGACUCCAUACCUUCAUGCUGCAGUGUGUGACUAAUUAAUGGUCAGAGUCGGGCUGAAAUAUCAUCAUAAGUUUCUUUCUCGUAUGUGAGGGUUAUUUGCGUGUGGUGCUUUAUUUACUGUGUUAAUUAAAACAUUUGUUUUUUCAACAAACCGGCCAUAUCCCAGCAAGGCAGGGUGACCUAAAAAGAAAAACGAAAGAUAACCAAAAGUUCCAGAUGUGGGUCAUUGUAUAACUAAGACCCACAUCAGGAAACACUUGUCCUGCUUCCUGACGAACCCUACCUAACCUAACUUAAGAUAUAGAGCCACAUAGUCAAAUAUGAUUUUAUAUUAAGGUAAUUUGUAUUACCCCAAGCUCUCCGCAUAGAAAUAAACUUGCUACCAAUUGUAA